AUGGAGCGCGUAGUGAUCGUCGGGGGUGGGGCGGCAGGCAUUCGUGUCGCGCAGGCCUUAGCCAAAAAUCUGACCGAGGCUGACGACACUGAGGUCAUCGUGCUUGAGAAGAACUCCUAUUUCUACCACGUUGUCGGUGCCCCACGCGCCUACGUGGAUGGCGACUACACCAACAAGAUGUUCAUCCCAUACGAUAACGCCAUCCCCAAACAUGCUGCCAAGUUCGUACGCAUUGUGCGCGGAGUAGCGACGCAUGUCUCGGCCGACACGAACGAGGUAUCAUACCAUUUAAUCGGUACCGACGAUAAGGAGAGUGAGACGACGGAGAAGCUGAAGUUCGACUACCUGGUCCUGGCUACGGGUAGCACAUACUCGGUGCCUAUCAAACCGGACAAUCGUGACUACGCACGUUCGGCGACGGAGAAGAAGCUGCAAGAAGUACGUGGUCACAUCGAAAGAGCCGAAAAGGUCUUGGUCGUCGGUGGAGGCUCAGUGGGCUGCGAGGUAGCGGCGGAGAUCAAGGUGAAGUAUCCGAGCAAGUCGGUGACAAUCGUGGAUGCGAACAAACAGCUCAUCUCUGGCAGCAAUCUGCGUGAUAAGUUCUAUUCGUAUCUGAAUGCUUCGCUCGAGAAGCUUGGCGUGAAGGUGGUUUUGGGCGAGCGUUUGACUGAACGCCUGACCGGCAACGGCUUUGAGCAGCGCACCUUGCGGACCGACAAGGGAACGGAGAUCGAAUCGGAUAUCCAGCUCUUGUGUGGGGGCUUUCGUCCUGUGGCCACGUUAGUGCAGGAGAUGGAUCCAUCUCUGGUGACGGAUCAGGGCUUUGUCAAAGUGAACGAAAAGUUGCAACUCGAAGGCUCAAAGUAUCGCAGUAUUUUUGCUUUGGGGGACAUGUGCAACCACCCCACCCCGAAGAUGGCUAUCUGGGCCGGUGAACAGGCCUCCUUCCUAGCUGACGAACUGGCUGCAGUGAUUCGCAAGAAACAGACAGACUUUAUCAAACCGUUCGCUGGAGUGGCGAUUGAAGCGAUGAUCUUGCCAUUGGGUCCGUCCAGUGGAGUUUCGCAGCUACCAAUGUUUGGUGGAAUUGUCUUGGGCGACUGGUUCACGUGGUUCAUCAAAUCUAGGGACUACCUGGCUGGUCGAAUCUGGGCAAGUAUUGGCGCCUCAGUUCCUAACUAGGCUAACUAGGAGUGCGUAUUAAAUCGUUCACUGCCUAAACUGUGAAACUUUGACAGGCACCAUACCUCAUGGAGUUGAAUUUGCUUCUAGUAAAUGAUACUAACUUGGAAAAGAGUAAAUGUAUUCAUCACGAUGUGAGGUUGACUCGUC